CGGCAGGAAAACCGCAGGGAGAGACCGAGAUUUCAUGGAGGAGGACAGUUAGAAAGUUAAAGAAGAGGGAAAUCUCCAACAUGGAGAUGGAGACGAGGACUAUUCAAGUCGCCAACAGCGCUCGAGCUUAUGGAAUUCGCCAACCCCUCGUGUAAGAAACGAUGAAGUUUGACUGACAUUUCGAUGUUGUAACAUCCUUGGCAACCUGAGGAUAAUGUCAGGGAAUGGAUGAAGAACUACUGCGGAUGGCUGGAUUUAGUCACUGGACUGAGUACUAACGUGAACACAUGGAGAUACCACUGAAUACGAUGGACAACCUUUCUCCAUCAUACAUAUAAAGCGAAGGAAGUCACCCCGAUUGUGCGAAACGCUAUCAGACAGAAGAUCCUCUAAAAUUAACGUUAAUGAAGAUAACAUUUUGCGCAUUGAGUUCUCUGGAAUGCCAUCGUCAUCCAUCAGUAUCGCUUCAUAGUUCACCGUCAUCCUUGGGGAAGAGGAAUAGAUCCAGUUAGACAUCAGGAUGGGUGACACGGUGGAUAACAAGGAGAGCAAAAGGACAUACAUCGUCCCGGCCAUCAAAUCUUUUGAUCAUUAUGAUUUCACAAGGGCUAAGAUAUCUUGUAGUUUAGCGUGGCUCGUUGCCAAAGCCUUUGGGUCAGACAGCAUCCCCGAGGACCUCCAGGAGCCCUUCUAUAAGGACCAGUACGAGCAGGAGCACCUGAAGCCCCCCGUGGCAUCACUGCUGCUGUCAGCUGAGCUCUACUGCCGCGCCGGCAGCCUGAUCCUGCGCAGCGACGCCGCCAAGCCGCUGCUGGGCCACAACGCCGUCAUCCAGGCCCUCGCUACGCGAGGACUCUACGUCACUGACCAGGAGAGGCUGGUCACCGAGAGGGACCUCUGCAACGUCCCCAUACAGAUGAGCUGCCACUUGGCGAUGAUUGACGCGCUGAUGAUGGCCUACACAGUGGAGAUGGUCAGCGUGGAGCGUGUUCUGUCCUGCAUCCAGCGGUACUGUCCACUCUUCCCCGACGACGACAUCCCCGAUGAUGCAGAGGAUGCCGUGAUGACCUGGCUGAACAAGGUGAAUGAGCAUCUGAGAGACAUUCUGGCACAGGAUCAGAGAACCAGAGAGGUACCCCCUGGAGAGAACACUGGGGCCCAAAGGUCUUCAGCCAAAUGGUACUGGAAACUGGUACCUUCGCGCCUCAGGAGGGAGGACAUCAAGCCAAGGCCGGCUCACUGCCUCCCCCUGGUGGACAACCUGCUGAAGGACAACACCGACGGCUGUGCCCUGGCCGCCCUGCUCCACUUCUACUGCCCCACCUCAGUCAGGCUGGAGGAUAUCUGCCUGAAGGAGACCAUGUCUCUGGCAGACAGCCUGUACAACCUGCAGCUGGUGCAGAAGUUCUGCAGCGACAACCUCAACCGCUGCUGCCACUUCAGUCUGGAGGACAUGCUAUACGCCUCCUCCUCCAUCAAGGGUAACUACCUUGUGUUUAUGGCCGAACUGUUCUGGUGGUUUGAAGUGGUGAAGCCUUCCUUUGUACAGCCCCGUUCCCUCGAUGCCAAAGAGCUGACACAGUCGUCAACAAAAAUGGCUCCCAUUUCCAAAACCAAACCCAGCUUAAUGGAGAGAUCAUGUAGUCCUGAACAGCCAUGCUCACGACCAAAUGCUGCUCCUGCAGCUCUGAUAAAGCGCUCGUCCUCCAUGUCUUAUGUGGACGGCUGUGUGGGAACAUGGCCCAAAGAGAAACGGUCCUCAGCUCACGGCAUCUCAUUUGAGAUCCCCUUUGAUGACGAGGUGGUGCCCACUCAACCAGGGUCCACGGGUCGGGGAAUGACCCGCUCCGCCAGUACAGAGGGCCUGGGCUUCAGGGUGCACCAGGCUAACAGGAACAUACGCCGGAACCUCUCCUUCCAACCCGUCAAUGGUCAGGACAGCUACAUCCAGGAGGAGAGUGAUGAUGCUGCGCUGUCCUUCAGACGAGCAGGAAGGCCUCGCAUCAGGACCGAUGCAAAGUAUUCUAAUGGACUGCUGCCAGAGGACCAUUCUCCCCAACCCAGCACUCCCAGCAUAGAGGAGGCCCUGAAGAUCAUCCACGACUCAGAGAGGACCCAUGGCAGCCUCCCCUCAGGAAGCGGGGGCAGCAGCUUCUACCUGCAUGGCCAAGAAAUGGGAGAUCCUGUCGACGAUGCCAACCAUGACAAUGGAGACGAUGAGCCGGGAGACCUCGGCUCCAAGGGACGGGUGGAUGACGGGGACCUGAACUCUACAUCCACAGAGGUGGACACGGGCAUCCACGUGAGGACAGAGGACAUUCAGGACGGGCAGGAUGAGGACUCGUCACUGAAGGACUACUCGGACAUGGACCAGGACUGUGAGGUGCGGUCGUGCCCACUGCCGGAGACGUCUAGCUCCUGUGCCAGCCUGAUGGGUGCGCGCUCGCUGGGCUGCGGCAGCCCGGCCUCGUCCACAGGCUCCGGUGUCCGCAUGACCAGCUUUGCUGAGCAGAAGUUCCGCAAGCGGAACCAGGCGGAGGGACGGAACAGUGGCAGUGGGAGCAACACGCCCGAGAGCUCUGAGCUCAAUCUGCCGAGCGCAACAGUGACGCCGGGGCCGGUGACACCGCCAUUUGCAGCGCUCACACCCGAGGCUCGGAGCCCUGCACGCCCGACCUCGUCCCGUGACCCCAGCCACAUCCUCGCCUCGGAGAUGGUGCACCUGAAGAUGAAGCUGGAGGAGAAGCGGCGCGCCAUCGAGGCGCAGAAGAAGAAGGUGGAGGCGGCGUUCACGCGACACCGACAGAAGAUGGGCCGCACCGCCUUCCUCAAUGUGGUCCGCCGCAAGGGCGGCUCCACCUCCCCCUCCCCCGUAGCUGAAACAGCGAGUUCCCCGAGCUUCGUGAAGCCCCCCUCCCCUUCGCCUGUAGCGGACGCCCCAUUGGCUCAGAGGCCGGCCCCCAGCAGUGCUGGCGGCGGCUCAGGGCUGGAGCGGUGCAAGCCGGACGGUGCGGCGCCCAAAUCCCCCGUAGAGGACGGCGGUGCAGAGGUGGAUCUGACGGAGUACACGCGCACCAUUGACCGCCUGAACACGUCGCUCAGCUUCCUGCAGUCCGAGAUGCAGCGGCUGGCCCGCCAGCAAGAGACCAUCAUGCAGAUGCGAGACAACCAGGGCAAGCAGGCCUGGGUCAUCUCCCCGCCGUCGCAGCCCUCGCCUCAGAGGCAGCUGCGGGAGCUGCGCAGCAGCAGCGUGGCCGGCCGCGGCGGCUCCGUGGGCUCCCUCUCGCCCAUCCUCUCGUCCUCGGCCUGGCGGCGGCGGCGAGGCGGCACAGGAUCCCCGCGCGUCACACACCGCUCCCCGAGCACCAUCAAGAGGAAGUCGGCCUCCUUCCAUGCCCGGACGCCGCGCACGCCGCGCCCCAGCGAUCUGAAGAUCACGCCGUUCAGCCGCAUGCUCAACACGCCCCAGUCGGUGGACAGCCUGCCCAGGCUGCGCCGCUUCUCCCCCAGCCAGAACCAGACCACCUCCUUCGCCUACCUGGGGCACGACGCCAGGCCCACAGCGCAGCGCACCCAGUCGGUGGACAGUGCCGCCCAGGGAGCAAGCAGCGAGCAGGAACUCAAGGACAGGGGACAGGCUGCGGACCAAGCCAAAGACGAGCCUCAGGGCGCUGACGCAGCCGAAGAGCUAGAGAAGAGCCAGUCUGCUCAAGCUAGAGAGAAAUCAGCAGAGACAAAGGAGGAGCAGAAGGAAGUGGAAAGUGCUGGGAAGAAAACAAUCAGAAAUGGAUCAGUAGCUGAGGUGCUGUCUCAGCCAGUGUCUGAGGCAGCGAAGAUGACAACCGGCACAACCAGUGUCAAUAACCAGCAGGCCCAACCCAGGAAGGACCUGGUAGAGGUACCGCUGUCCGUGCUGAAGCCCGAGGAGGGACAGGAGUCCGGCACAGAUGGAGAACCGGGACUAGAGAACCGUGAUCAAAAGAUGUGCUGUGGGUUCUUUUACAGGGAUGACCUGCAGGGGGAGGAGGACAUGGCUCAGAAGCGGGCGGCGCUGCUGGAGAAGAGGCAGAGGAGGGAGAGGGAGAUGCAGCAGAAGAGACAGCAGCUGGAGGCCGAGCUGGAGCAGAAGAAAGAAGCGGCGCGGCUGAAAGCUGAGGAGGAGAAAGUGAAGCGGGAGGAUGAAAAGGCGCGUAGGGAUUACAUUAAGAAUGAGUAUCUGAGGAGGAAGCAGCUCAAGCUGAUGGACGACAUGGACAGCGUCAUCAAGCCCCGCCCCGCCAGCAUCAAGAAGAAGCCCCGCCCCAAGUCUAUGCACAGAGACAUCAUGGAGUCUCCGAAGCCACCAAUCAAGACAACAGGGUCCCGGCCACGUGGAUAUUCAGUGUCCAGCCUUUCGCUCGCAUCUUUGAACCUUGCAGACAAUGAAAGUGUCCAGUCUGAUAAGAGAACUCCUCGAAGCAGUAAAUUGUCUGCUGGCAAUUUACGCUUCUUUUUGAAUUCUCCAAAAGUGAAAAAGGGAAGGCCAGACUCUGCAGAAGGAUACCUGUCUCCCUGUCAGUCUGUGAGCCGAAACGGGGAGAAUUGGGAGAAUGAGUCCACCACCUCAUCUGUGGCAUCCAACACUGAGUAUACAGGGCCAAAGUUAUACAAGGAGCUAAGCUCUAAAUCCAACAAAUACAUCAUUCAGAACGCACUAGCCCACUGCUGCCUGGCUGGCAAGGUCAAUGAGGGUCAGAAAAACAAGAUACUGGAGGAAAUGGAGAAAAGCGAGUCCAACAACUUCCUGAUUCUCUUCCGAGACUCUGGAUGCCAGUUCCGAUCUAUCUACACGUACUGUCCAGAGACAGAGGAAAUCACGCGCCUGGCCGGCUUCGGGCCCAAGGCCAUCACACUGAAGAUGAUCGAAAGCCUGUUCAAGUACAAUUCAGACAAGAAACAGUUCAGCCACAUUCCCGCUAAGACCAUGUCGGCCAGCGUGGACGCCAUUACCAUCUUUGGCCACCUGUGGCAGACCAAGAAACAGGGAACGCCCAAAAAGUUCCAACUUCUUAAAUCUUAGUCUAAUCAGGACUGCUGGUUUCUCCUCUGAUGUAACAAAAAGACUCAUUCAACCAACACCUCACUGUAAACAUUGGAUUUGCGAUACAGCCUAAAAAAUAUAGUUCCACUAUUCAGAGUAUUUCGCCUUGUCCGCUCACCUGGACAGUGUUUGACAUUAGUGACAUGAUGAACAACUUGAAUGUAAACAAACAAAAUAAUUAGGCCGGCUUCAUCUGAUGUCCAUUAUGCAAGACCCCAGUGCUGGGUUUUGUGUACUUUGUGUGUUGCACAUGAGUGUUUAUGUGCGUAUGUGUGUGUAUCUGUGCCAAAAUCAGCGAGAGGGAAAGGUGCCUAUAUGGUGGACGGAGGUUCGAAGCACUGAAUGUCACUCUGUGUGGAAAGAGUUAUGUGGUUUUGUUCUUAUGUUGCCUUUGGUGGCCUUAGGCUUGGCUUUGUUCAGUUGUGGAUACCCCGUCCCAAAGCUGAUGUGUCACCUACAUGAUAUCAGUUGAACUGUGGCAAGUGAAAUGAGUGAAAAGGUGAGAGAAACGUAUUCAAGACAUAGGCCAAAAAGUUUUGCUUUUGGCAAGAGAUGGUUCAAUUGUGGGAAGCAUUCAAGAAACUAAGACUUUUUUUAACACAUUGUCAUUAUUUUGUAAUAUUCACAAAGGAGGUAGUUACUGAGUGGGAAACAAAUAUCCUUUGGUUUACCAGCACUUAAACAUUUCCUUCUGUUACAUGCACCAAUGUGAACUUUGAAAUCACUGGUUUUCUUGCUCAUCAGUGUGGAGCAUUCAUGGAGAACCAGUAUGGUAAAGAAAUUAAUAAUUGUUUGUAUAUAAUGGCAACUUCAUUGGAACACGCUUAUCAUGUAGAAUUUGACUUGUGAAUAUGAGGCCUUUUCAUCCGAGAGAACUAAGUGUAUUUACAUACCAUGGAUAGACCUAUUCAGCUUUAGACGAGUAAAAAAAAAACCUCACAAAUCCACAAUUAUGCAGUCCAUCCUAAUUCCUAUAUAUUGAGCUGGAUGUUUGUAGCCAGCAGAAACGCCUCCAUUCUUAGCCACAGAUUGAACUGUUGGGGUACAUGUAACACCAUAAACAAUCCUUAAAUAUCGUAUUAUGAUGCUUCCACAUAGUUGAUGCCUAAUGUCGCUAAAUGAAUUACUAACUUAUAUCAAGUAAACUGGUAAAAGUGUGUGUUGAAAAAAACAUGUUUCAUUUGCAGGGCUCUGUUUUAUAUUAUUUUUUUUUUCCCCAUUAUCUUCGCAUCUUGAACAGUGAGAGAUUGUUUUGUAUCUUUUAGGUCACUCUUUGUUUUAACUUGUUUAUGAUGUACAUAUAUAGUUUGUCAUAUGAAAGUAUUUUGGAAAGCCAUUUAUUACAUAUAAUUUACAUAAAAAUGAGAACAAUAUGUAUAUUGUUAUGCAAAAUUGAUCAUUGUCUUUGUGUACGGCAAAGCAGGACCAAGAAGGUGUGGCAGUGAAGAAGAGAGGUAUUGAACUGAAAAGUCAAAGAUGUAUUAAGUUGUAAUAAGAGUGUCAAACAUUGCUUUUUUCCACAUCCAGCAUUUAAAUUGUGUUUAUUCAUGUUAUCAUUUUGUAUUUGUUCCAUGCCAUGUUUAACCUGUAUAUAUAAAUACAGAUUUACAUCAAA